CCGGACUCUGUCGCUAUCGUUGUCACUGUCUCCCAUUCUAUGGGCAUGCAACCAUGAUGCAGACAGGCUGCACCAGACCGGAAUCCCGGCAACUGGCGCCCUGCUCUCCUACUUACUCCACAGAUACCGGCACACUAACAGUGUAUCCGUGCUAGAUCGACUAUCUACAUUCCAUGACCACUAUCUAUCCUAACCCCUCACUAACCUAUAUAACAUAAUAACUGCCCCCCCUUCUCCUCCUCCAUCCUCCCUCCCCUACCAUCCGCACACCUAUACCCAUACCCCCCCCUACAAUCAUAGACAAGACAAGACAAGACAUAGACAUCCCAACAUGUCCACCGAAACCCUCCGCUACGGCACCGACCACGCCCUACAAACCGUGACCGUGACCACCCUCAACACCACCACCACCGACGGCUACUGGGUGAUCCUCAUCCACGGCGGCGCCUGGCGCGACCCAACCCAAACAUCAACUAGCUACCUAUCACCCGUCCACACCAUCCUAACCACAACCCCAGCCUACGCAACAACAACACAAAACAUCACAGCACUAGCCUCGAUCUCCUACCGGCUCAGCGCGCACCCCUCGCACACACAAGACCCCGCAACCACCUCCCCCUACGACUUCCGCGCCGCGAAACACCCCGAUCACGUGGACGAUGUCCGCGCCGCGAUCGCAUUCCUACAGAAGCGGUAUGGGUUCGGGGGACGGUAUGUGCUUGUGGGACAUAGUUGUGGGGCGACGUUGGGGUUUCAGGUUGUUAUGGGGGGGUUGCAGAAGCCGAUAAAGACCGGAGGGGGGGUUGAGGGGCAGGAUGAAGGAGAAGGAGAAGGGGAAGGGGAAGGACCAGUGGCUAUUGUGGGUAUGGCUGGGAUAUACGAUCUGAGGCUGUUGAGGGAUUGUCAUCGCAGUGUGUCGGUUUAUCAGGAUUUUAUUGUGGGGGCGUUUGGGUCGAAUGAGGCGCUUUGGGACCGGGUGUCGCCGGCGAAGGGGGGGAGGCUCGCGGUGUUGGCGUAUUCGAAUGGGGAUGGGUCGGUGGAUUCGAUGCAGAGGGAGGCGAUGAGGGAGGCGUUGCGGGAGUGGGAGGCUGGGCGGGAGGGGAGGACGGUCGAGAUGUUGAACAUUGAGGGGGACCAUGAUGAUGCGUGGGAGAAGGGGGAUGAGUUGGCUAGGGCGAUUGCGUUCGCGGUAGACAAGUUGCGGGGAUAG